CGCAUGCGUGACUCCUCUGCAUUGACACGAGGAAGCUAAGCUGAAUUUCACUCAGUUCUCUAGUGGCCGGUUUGAGAAGGGCUGCCACAAGAGAAGACGCGGUUUGUUGGUGUUCCUCGUCUCGCGCCUGCGCUUUUUCUUUACCUACGAAUCCACUUCACGAGUCGCGACGUCACCAGGAGAUUUCCUAUCACGAGAAUGUCGUAUUGCACCCGAAUUCUUCGGGAUCAGAAACUCGCUAUCUUUGCGACAGACAUCCAGCAAAGAUGCUUCAGCGUAAGCGCGUUGAAUUUUGCCGCCAACAAGGUGGCAAUGUCCAAAUUCGAUAAGGACACCUACCUUCCGUACGACAAGUUAGAGGAAAAACUUAAAGUGGUGAAGAAAAGGUUGACCCGACCGCUGACACUGUCCGAAAAAGUUUUGUAUUCUCAUCUCGAUGAACCCGACAAACAGGAAAUCGUCCGUGGUACUAGCUACCUCAGGUUGCGACCUGAUCGUGUGGCUAUGCAAGAUGCCACUGCCCAGAUGGCCAUGUUGCAAUUUAUUAGCUCUGGACUACCAAAAGUCGCCGUACCUUCCACUAUUCACUGCGACCACUUGAUCGAAGCCCAAAUGGGUGGCGACAAAGACUUGAAACGCGCCAAAGACAUCAACAAGGAAGUGUACAAUUUCUUGAAGACAGCUGGUGCCAAGUAUGGCGUUGGUUUCUGGAACCCAGGCUCCGGUAUCAUCCAUCAAAUCAUUCUUGAAAACUACGCUUUCCCAGGUCUAUUGAUGAUCGGUACCGACUCUCACACACCUAAUGGCGGUGGUUUGGGUUGUCUUUGCAUCGGUGUGGGUGGUGCCGAUGCCGUCGACGUAAUGGCCAACAUACCAUGGGAAUUAAAAUGCCCCAAAGUUAUCGGAGUGAAACUGACCGGAACCUUGAAAGGAUGGACCAGCCCCAAGGACAUAAUUUUGAAGGUAGCUGGUAUCUUGACGGUCAAAGGAGGAACUGGAGCGAUCGUAGAAUACUUUGGACCUGGUGUCGACAAUAUUAGCUGUACCGGAAUGGCGACUAUUUGCAACAUGGGUGCAGAAAUUGGUGCUACUACCUCAAUCUUCCCGUACAAUUAUCGUAUGCAAGACUAUCUGAAGGCCACUGGACGAGCUGAUAUCGCUGCUGCCGCGGAUAUGCAUAAAAAAAGCCUCUUAACUGCCGAUGCUAAUGCUAAAUACGAUCAACUGAUCGAAUUGGAUUUGUCUACCUUGGAACCACAUGUCAAUGGACCGUUUACGCCUGAUCUCGCUCAUCCCAUUUCAAAAUUGGGUGAUGCUGCCAAGAAGAACGGCUGGCCGAACGAGAUCAAGGUUGGCCUGAUCGGUUCCUGCACAAACAGUUCUUACGAAGACAUGGGCCGAUGUGCGAACAUCGCCAAACAAGCUCUCGAUCACGGUUUGAAAGCAAAAUCCGCGUUCAACGUUACACCAGGAUCUGAACAGAUCCGUGCUACCAUCGAACGCGAUGGAAUUGCGGAGAUCCUUCGAAACUUCGGCGGCACUGUAUUGGCUAACGCUUGCGGACCUUGCAUCGGUCAAUGGGAUCGUCAAGACAUCAAGAAGGGAGAUAAGAACACGAUCGUCACUUCGUACAAUCGAAAUUUCACGGGAAGAAACGAUGCCAAUCCCGCAACUCAUGCUUUUGUCACUAGCCCUGAACUCGUCACUGCCCUUUCGAUUGCCGGCCGAUUAGACUUUAACCCUGUUACCGAUAAACUCAAGGGCAAGGAUGGAAAGGAAUUCCUUCUCAAAGAUCCGUUUGGUGAUGAACUUCCAAGCCGCGGUUUCGACCCUGGCAUGGAGACGUACGAUGCUCCUCCAGUUGACGGUAGCAGCGUCAAGGUCGACGUAAGCCCGACGAGCGAACGAUUACAGUUAUUAGAACCAUUCGACAAAUGGGACGGCAAAGAUCUCACCGACAUGACUAUCUUAAUCAAAGUCAAAGGAAAAUGUACCACUGAUCACAUCUCGGCUGCUGGUCCAUGGUUGAAGUAUCGUGGCCACUUGGACAAUAUCUCCAACAACAUGUUCAUUGGAGCUGUAAAUGCCGAAAAUAGCGAGAUGAACAAGGUAAAGAAUCAGCUAAAUGGUGAAUGGGGAAAAGUUCCGGAUGUUGCCAGACAUUACAAGAAAAAUAACGUCAAAUGGGUAGCCGUUGGUGACGAAAACUACGGAGAAGGUUCGUCUCGAGAACACGCAGCUCUCGAACCAAGACAUCUCGGUGGUCGUGCCAUUAUCGUCAAGAGUUUUGCCCGUAUCCACGAGACCAACUUAAAGAAACAAGGACUGUUGCCUCUGACUUUCGCCAAUCCUAGUGAUUACGAUAAGAUCCAGCCUACCGAUAAAAUCAGUCUUCUGGGAUUGAACGAUCUGGCGCCUGGCAAGCCAGUAAAGGCAGAAAUCAAGCACAAGGAUGGCAAAGUGGACGCUAUAACCCUGAACCACACCAUGAACGAGCAACAAAUAUCCUGGUUCAAAGCAGGGUCGGCUCUGAAUCGCAUGAAGGAGCUCGCUAGUGGAAAGUAAAACACGUUCGUCUAUCAAAAUCGCGAAACCGUCAUCGUUUUUUGAGGAGACGUGCCACGAUCUCGUAGUUCGUUGUGUGUAUAUCGUUAGUAAGACACGAACAGAGACUGUUACGAUAUAACACACUAAUCUUCCAGGUAGAUUUGCGUAACAAAAUCGUGAUGGCGAGAUUUGUCGUCGUUGCUUUGCGCAACGUGACGUUUCGAAACUAAAGAGAGGGUUAUUUAGAGAAAAAAAAGUACAUAAAAGAAGUGGAAAAAAGAACAGCACCCUUUUUUUCGUGACAAUACCGUUGUAUUAUUUGUAGUGAAGAAAAGAACGGAAGAAAGCAAUGGUAAUGAACUAUGAUCGGGUGAAAGUCGAACGACGAAGAAUAAUUUUAGACAAAUUUUUAGCACGCAUCAGUUAAAUCAUAGAAGAAGCGAAUCGGAUCGAAUCGUUCGUUAAACAUUAUUCGAAUCGUCCAUUGUUCAUUACAUGUAUCGCAAUGCGAAUCACGCGUCGAGAGAUUCCUCGAGUUUCGUACAAAGUGCAAGAGGAAAUUUCCAUGAGCCGAUAAGGCGGCGGUGCAACUCACGCGUGCCAACGUGUUCAUUUUUAAAUCGUGUACAGCCGACGAUGGCACGUCAAGAUUGCAUGCUUCUAUCGGACGAGAAAUUUAUUCUACCUCGGUGGAAUCUUCUGUACAUACUAUAUAUUGUUCGCAAUGUAGGAUAUAUCGUGGUUAUACUGUUUUCUAGGUAUUUACGAUUGAUUCGAUCAAAUGUAAGAUUCGCUGUUGUUACUCGAGGAAUAAAAAAUUGUACUGAACAGCGAA